CAUGUUAGUAUUUCAAAAUAGUUUAUCUAUUUAUUGAGCUCUAAAGUACCAAUUUCUACAAUUGAUAUCAUAGGAAGCCUCUGAAGGAAAACGGAAGAACGCAAAACGUGGAUUUAAAUCAGAAAAGGAAUUUUUGGAGUUCACUUUAAGAUAUCAACAAGUUAUUACUGAAAGAGAUUCAGCUAUUGCUGUUCGGGAUAGACUUGAGUCAUUGUGUCGGGAAUUGCAACGUCAAAACAAGACACUGAUGGUAGGAAUAAAAUUUUCUCAUGCACUUUCCGUUUUUCUCAAACCCGAGUUACUACAAUCCAUUUUAGAAAAAGGUGGAUUAAAAAGAAAGUGCUAGAACAUUUAUUUAAUACCAAGAAAGGACGUUAUGUUUAAUGAACUUAUACAGGAGGUGCAAGACAUGUCAAACACAGGGCACAAGGUACAAAGUCGCUUAGUUGAACAACGAAUCUUCAAAGCGACUUCAUACCUAUAUCGUUCAAAUCAUUCCAUCUUUUGGCUACUUAUUCUUAUUAUUCAUACAAUGAGCAAUGAAAUGUGACAUUCUCCCUUUACUUUCUAAUAAUAUAAUAAUUACAUGAUUGCUUUAUCCGAAGUCCUAGUAUUCCGAUUAUAUGGACCCUAUCAGCAGUUACUCAUUUUGACUAUUUCAUUCAUAACAUUGCAAUGACGAGAGUCCACCCCCCUUGCAAUGAUCAUCAGUGUUGAUAUAUAUAUUCUGUGUAGUUCCUUUGGACAAACUCCAGUGAAAACCAUGACAGUUGCUGUUAAGGCUUCUGCAGACCACAAUGCAGAUCAGCACAUUUUCUAUUAAAUGUUUCUUUGACAUGAUCUGUGGCAUUAUUAAAUAGGAUGAAUGCAAAAGAGUUUCAACAGAAGGUCAAAAUUUGAGAUUGGACAUAUCAAACAAAUUUCGAGAUGCAAUCAAGGAUCGAUGUGUGCUUAUUUUUAGGAAGUAAGCAACAAGAUGGAAGAGCAAAAGGAUGAAUGUCUAUCACAGUUGAAGGAGAAUGAGACGUUAAAGUGCAAAUUGAAACAAGUUGCGGAGCAGUAUGCUGUAGCUGAGGAGCAAUUCAAUCUUAAGUUGAAGCAGAAGGAUCUUGAACUCCAGAUAGCUGAGUUAAAAAUCAAGCAACAUGAAGAGAAAAUAUUGCAAGAAGAAUCCAAGAUGAAAAUGUAUGCAGAACAAGUCUCUGAGUUAUUGGCUACUGAAAAGAAUUUGAGAGUUCAGUUAACAGCUGAUGGUGAAAAGUUCCAGCAAUUUCAGGAAGCAUUGUCAAAGAGCAAUGACGUAUUUGAAGGCUUUAAGGUAGAAGUUCACAAGAUGUCCAAAUCAAUAAAAGAGCUCAGAAAGGAGAAUGCUCUCUUGAAGAGCAAAUGUGAGAAUUCAGAUAUUGCUCUCGUAAAGCUGGCUGAAGAGCGAGAACACAUGAAGAAGCAACUAGAGAGAACGCGGAACCAGAAGGAGAAACUUGAGUCAUUGUGCCGCUCACUUCAAGCUGAGCGUAAGGCCAGUUCCACUGCAAUUGGCAGUGGCUCUGAUUCAGUCUCGUCUUGAAAAUUAUCAACUCCGAUGACAACUGAUAAUCAAAUGGUUAGAUUGUUUUGUGGCUA